AUGAACGCCGAUCCAACCCAGACAUCCUCAGCCGGAUGGAAGUUGGGAUUGAUUUCGAAUCAGAAUUGCUCCUUUGCACGCUGGAAGCGUAGACAAAGCACCGUCUUACACGCCUGGAGAUCGUAUGCCAGACGACGCCGUGUCUCUUCCGUCAGCGAUUGGAACCAAAGGCAUCCGUCUGAGGAUGAUUUUGAGAGGAUUCCCGGAACAAUGUCCUAUAGGAGCCGUAUCAGCUCACCAGUCAAUCUAGCUGACUGA